AUGGAUACUAGCGUUGCAAACAAUCCGGUUAUUGCGAUUGCAUCGUACUGCCUGUCGUCGAUUGUGAUGACUCUCGGCAAUAAGUACGUGCUUUCCGGAGCCCAUUUCAACAUGAACUGCAUUGUUCUGGCUGUCCAGUCGCUUUCGUGCCUGUUCGUGAUUUUCGCCCUCAAGGCCGCUAAUAUUGUCAGUUUCCGUCGGUUCGACGCCGAAGACGCCAAAAAAUGGUCCCCGAUUUCUUUCCUUCUGGUGCUAAUGAUCUACACGGCCUCCAAGGCCAUCCAGUAUCUUUCCGUGCCGGUUUUUACAAUCUUCAAGAAUCUGACCAUCAUUAUGAUUGCAUACGGUGAGCUUUUGUGGUUUAAUGGCUCCAUCACCCCGAAAAUCAUGUUUUCGUUCGCGUUGAUCGUCCUUUCUUCCGUGGUGGCUGCCUGGUCCGACUUGGGCGCCAUGGCCGAGUUCACUCCGCAGGCGUUGAUCGGCUAUUUCUGGAUGUUUGCCAACUGCUUUUCGAACGCAGCGUUUGUUUUGUUCCUCCGCAAGCGUAUCAAGCUCAUGAACUUUACCGAUUUGGACACCAUGUUUUACAACAACCUGCUUUCCAUUCCUAUUCUCGCUGUGUGGUCGCUCAUUUUCGAGGACUGGUCCGCGGAAAACAUUGCCCGUAAUUUCCCCCCCGAGUCCAGAAGCUCGGUCAUCCUCAUGAUGGUGGUCACCGGCUUGUUGUCUCUUGGUAUUUCUUAUUGCUCGGGCUGGUGUGUGCGCGUGACCUCCAGUACCACAUACUCCAUGAUCGGUGCCCUCAACAAGCUGCCGAUCGCGGUGGCUGGUCUGAUCUUUUUCGAUUCAGCAGUCACAUUCCCUUCUGUGUUUGCCAUUUUCCUUGGCUUCGCCGCUGGCCUGGUGUACGCCCUGGCCAAAAUCGACCAGAAGAAACACGAAAACCACACGUUGCCAACUCAUAAAUCAAACUAA